AUGAAUGUUCGCAAGGUUACGCUCGCGCUGCUAUCCGGCCUUGCCGGCGCCCAAAACGCGUGCGGCACCGCCGGCGUGAACUGCGGUGAGGCGGAGGCUCUGCAGACUGGAAUCGCUCAGCAGUGGAGCGGCUUUGGCACGCCGGUGAAGCUCGGCACUUGGAGCCGCCCCCAAAGGUGCCCUCCUGAGACCGACUUUGGGCGUCUGGAGGACCUGCUGCCGCAAAAGCACUUUCGCGGCCCGCUGAGCGGGCCCGCGAGCUACUUCAAGCGGGUGCCGCCGCACUACCUCGGCCACCACGCCAACUUUAGCAAGUGCGAACGGUCUGUGUAUAUCGACGUGGGCGCGCGCGAAUUUGACUCCAAGGAGGGGAUGCUCUCGACCUUUGCGGUCUACCCGCAGCUCCUCGGCUUUGACGAGUUCUACGCCUUUGAGGCCGCGUCUGGCUUCUACAAGCUGCCGCCGCAGCCGGACUUAGUGCGGCGGCUUCAGCGGCAAGGCAUGUCUGCAGCGAGGGCGGCGAGCUUUGCUCGGCGCCACUUCUUCCUCCAGGCCUUCAUCGGCGCCCGCUCCAACCCGUCGACCACCCCGCCCACUCUCGGCUUCUCGGACCUGCUCAAGACCAUGCUCGGCCUGCAGCCGGCGGACGCGGUGGUGGUGAAGAUGGACGUCGAGGGCUACGAGUACGACAUCGUGCGGACGCUGCUGGCGGACGGCACUCACGCGCUCAUCGACGAGAUCCUGCUCGAGGUGCACUACGGCCACCCGGCGAUGAUGCGGCGCUUCAACUGGUGCCGCAUGCCGAAGCCGGGCUGGCAGUUUUGGUGCUCGUACUCGCUGCAGAACGCCACGGCGAUGUACCGCGCCCUGCGCGACGCGGGCGUGUACGCGCACCACUGGCCGUGA